AUGGCAGCAGCAACAGCAGCAGCAGCAGCAGCAGCAGAAGCGGGAGCAGGAGGAGAAGCAGCAGCAGCAGAAGCAGCAGCGGGAGCAGCAGCAGCAGCAGCGGAUGCAGGAGAGGAUGAGCAAUGUAUUAUUGUUAUGGUGCUGCAGCAGCAGCAGCAGCAGCAGCAACACAUGCAGCAGCAAAGGAAGCAGCAGAAGCAGCAGCAACACAAGCAGCAGCACAAGCAGCAGCAGCAGCACCACCGCCACCAGCAGCAGCAGCAGCAGCAGCAGCAGCACAAACAGAAGCAGUAUCUCCAUCAGCAGCACCAACAGCAGCAGCAGCACCACCAGCAGCACCAGCAGCAGCAGCAGCAACAGCAGCAGCAGCAGCAGCAGCAGCAUAAUAUCUAA